AUGUCCACCUCUCCUCCUUUCGAUAUGACCUUCUCGGCUCUGACCAGCCUGAGUGAUAAUGUUGAUCCUUGGGAUUUGGAUGGCAGACCUGAGUUGGGGGCCUUCCAUCAACCUUGGAGGGCAUACUGGCCGCCAGAUCUUACCAAGGUUACCGACGGCGAAAUGUGCGCGAAGCCUUGGCUCACAUGGAAAAAUGACCCUACAAAGAUGAACAAUAAACCUUGGUAUGACUGGGUUCAUCCGGAGCUGGAACCAGCACCAUCGGAUGGAUAUUGCCCCACUGACUGCUCGUCCUGUCAGGGAGCAGGCUGUGGCCCAUAUUCGACGGGUGCCGAAGGUGCUUGA